CUCAUUAGUUUAUUAUUAUGUCAUAACUCAUAAGGAGCACUCUGAAACUCAAAACCUUCAGAAAUUUGGUGAUGUUCUUCUCAAUUCCUUUAAGAAAGCAACAUGAGAAAGAAGAAAAGGAAGGAAUAGGAGUGAGUUUCAGGCUAGAAAACUUCAUUCCAGGUGUUGUUAUUGGCUUCAUUUUGGGAAUACUUAUUGAUUUUGCUAAACUCCCUAAAAAACCACCAAAACAAAAAACCUUACACCAAACAAAGCCUUGUGAUUCCUUAUCUUCACCUUAUCUGGAAGAUGAAGAGCUCAAAAUGGUUUUGGUGGUUAGACAAGAUCUGAAAAUGAGAUCCGGAAAGAUAGCCUCUCAAUGUGCUCAUGCUGCCAUGGGCAUGUAUGCUGAACUGAUGCAAAGUCAGAGGCUCUUGUUGAGGCAGUGGGAGCAAUGUGGGCAAACUAAAGUAGUAACCACAUGCAAGAAUCUAAAAGAAAUGAAUAGAUUGCAGCAAGAAGCUGAGUGCAUUGGCCUUCCAACAUUUGUUGUUGCAGACGCUGGGCGCACACAGGAUGGUGGCUGUUGUCUGUCCAAGUUUGCACCUUUUAAGUAGAGUAUAGGGGAAUUUGAGUACACAUGUUUUCACAUUGGACAGAAGAAAGUCUGUGGUGGAUUCCGUCACAGGGAAACAGCGACUUCUUUGACAGCAUGGCAUGAAGUAGUUCUUAGCUCGGAUUCUUUUGUGAUUCUGAAUUGGCGAUAAUUCUUCAAUGUCGAAAGGUCUCAAUGAUUUAGAGGCUGAUUUUGUUGAUUAACUGAAAGGAUUGAUCGUAGAUUGAUAUAAUCUGAAAUUUCCGGACUUGUCGAAUAUUAGAUGGUUAAAUUUAGUGUAUGGUUGAUGUUAAAUCAUUUAAUGUAUUUGUGGUGUUGAAGUCGAA